GCGCUGCUCUGCCUCUGCCAGGCCCUGGGGGGCCGCGCGGCAGCAGCGGCGGAGGGCGAGGAAGAGGAGGGCGCGGCGGAGGCGGGCUCGGUGCCGCUGCUGAAGGGCUCGGCGCUGCUGCUGCUGGGCUGCCUGCUGGCCCGCUGCUGCGGCGCGGCGGGAGGCGGCUCGAGGCCCGGCGGGGGCUGGGGCCCCUCGGCGGCGCGGCGCGGCGCCCUGGAGGGCUUCCACCAGCGGCGGCUGCGGCUCUCGCCCCACGUGCUGGGGCACAGCAAGGCGCACGUCGGGCGCGUGGUGGCCGAGCUGGUCCGCGCCGCCAAGGCGCAGGGGCUGCAGCCCGGCCCGACGGCCCUCAGCCUGCGCGGGGACUUCGUGCGCGUCGGCAGCGCCUACGAGCAGCACAAGGUGUGCAGUCCCGACUGCUUCGACGUCCUGGUGCCGCUGCGCCUGCCGCCGCGCCUGCAGCCCGAGCCGUGCCGUGCCGCGCCGAGCGGAGCCUUCGUCUGCGGUCUGCGGGCGCCCGCGGGGGCCGGCUGGCCGCGCCGCUACCGGCCCUUCGUGGAGGGCUUCUGCGCGGAUCCGCGAGGACGCCGCCUGCUCUCCUCGGCGCUGGUGCUGCGCUGGUUCCAAGGCCACCUGCAGCGUUGCCUGGGCGCCGUGCGCUACCGGCUGCAGGAGCGCUGCCGCAUCAGCCUGGCCGCCUGCCCCGGCCGGCCGCCCACGCUGCACAUCCGGCCCUGCUCCGACUACGUGUGCUGCCACAUCUCCAUGGCCGUGCGCCUCAUCCCCGCCAUCCCGCUGGGCGACGCGCUCUACCUCACGGCGCUGCCCCCCGACGUGCCGCCGGCCGGCCCGGCCCACGAGGCGCUGUGGGGCCUCAACGCCUCGCGGCACGAGCAGCGGCUGCUGGCCUGGCUGAAGGAGCAGGCCCCGGCCUCGUCCUGCCACCUGAAGUGCCUGCAGCUCCUCAAGGGCCUGCGGGACCUGCGCGGGCAGAGCCUGGAGGAGCCCUUCUGCUCGCAGUGGGGCCGGGUGCUCUCCUCCUACGUGCUGAAGACGGCCCUCUUCUCCCUGAUGCUGCACGGGCCCCUGGAAGCCUGGGACGAGCGGUUCCUGGUGGAGCGCCUGGAGGACCUGGUGAUGUACCUCAGGGACUGCCUCCGCAAGCAGACGCUGAUGCAUUUCUUCCUGGGCAACGCCAGCCUCCCCGAGGCCGUGGCGCUGCCCAGGUUCCUCAAGGAAGCCGCCCCGGUGAACUUGCUGGCCGCCUUCGAUGGGCCCACGCUGGACCUGGCCGCCUUCCAGCUGCUGUACACCUGGAGCCAGGCGCCGCACCUCAUCAGGACGUACGGCGGAGCCCGGUACCUGCGGCCGGCUGCGUGCCGGCACGGCGCCGAGGCGCGGCAGGAGCUGCCCGCGGAGUGAGGGAUCGCCGUGCGCCCGGCUGCCCGCGGUGGGACCCGCUGGGAUGUUCUGUGGUUUUAUCCCCGAACCUGAGAAAACUGGGAAACGGAAGGCUGAGACUUAAGGAAAUGGCGAUAGCUUUUAUUUUUAAUGUCGUCGUGGUGGGUUGUUCGUAGGAGGAUUACUGAAUUUCUGGGGAAGUGCCUUGGUAGGAAAGCGUUACUUUUGGUCGGUUCAAACUGACAGUUCUGGAAAUCUAUCUUAACUUGCCCUAGUGGCAAAACUGACCUUUUCUGAGAUGUGAUUUUUAGGGUACAAAAUCCAUUUGGGAUUUAAAAAUCCCGUGAGCACAAACAAAACCUCUUACUGUGCCGAGGUGCUCUUAAAAUGAGAUGAGCAUUUGAGCAUAGGUAUUGGUUGCAGUCUGAAAUGCUCAGUGACAUGCUUUAAAUUUCCUGUGUAAUGUAAAACAUCGUGCUGAAUGGAAAUGUAAUAAGCAUCUUAAAGCAGAACUAGGGGGAGAAGUGAAACUUCUGAUGAUAGCAUGAAGAAUCUAUUUGUGCAUUUCUGUUUUAAAUGAAGGUUAUGCUGAAGGAUUGAAAUACUGAGAAAAAGAAACAAAUAGCACUUUAUUUUCACAAAGGCCUUAAUUUUAGGAUAAUUGGCCGCACUAAAUACUCACUGUGGAGAAGGCAUUAGUAUUUUAUUAAAGGGAUGAUGUUUGAGUCAUCCUCAGGAAAACCUUCUUUUUACAGAAAUACUCUGGGUUCUUGUUUUUGAGAUAUGUUGCAUAUGAUUUUCUCAGAACAUGCUCUGACACAAGGACAACAACAACACAAACUUCCUGUUAGGUUUGGAACCAGGCUUCAACCAGUCCGCAUCUCACUGAUGUGUUCUGCCUGCUGCGCCCCUGUGCUUUCCAGGAGCAGUUUGGUGGCUUUUGGGGCUGCCACCAUCUGUCUGCUUGUGGCACUGUUUUGACCAAAUGACCUGAUGGGAUUUUUCUAGUGUGAGCAAAUUGUUAUCUUACCGUGGGGAGGAGGAAGUAAAAUAUUUCAGGGUACUCAAAAAUGGUUUAGCACUUAUUCAUGGUACGGCGAAGCAGCUGUGGCUUCUGAUGUAUUGCAAAUGUAAGCAUCAGCGAGGUAAUUUCCACUCCUUAUGGAAAGAGUGCGUGAGAAUACUUCCCAGAGUUCUCACAGGGCUGAACAGGCAGCACUGAGCUGUUUGUUGUGCUUCUCCCUUGUCUUGGUUGUGAGGUUCAGCUUGAAGGAGUGCUCGGGCUGUCAGCCUCUGCCUGGUGUCUGUGUCUCUGGGAUGGCGUGUAGAGCUGUACUGCAGCUGGUAUGGGACCCUCAUGUCUCCCAGGGUGUCAGCAAAUGUAGAAUUCCAAACCUUUAAGUUAAAAUGUCGAGUUACUGAAUUACUGAUGCUCAGGAAGUUGAACGUGUGCUUCAUUACCACCACCCUGCAUCCUAGGUGAGCACUCUGAAAUGGAUUAUAAAUUAUGAAAGGUAACCCCUGGGAUGCUUCAGGAUGACUUGAAAUUACUGAGACACUCCUCCCUGAUGUUCAUACUGGUGUGCCUUAUUCACAGCUCUAUGCAACAAAGCACAAAACAUUUGUAAGAUCUACAAAACUUUAUACAAAUCUAUUUUUCUAAAUGGAAACACUCCCCAGGCAGAUGUUUGCCUGCUUCUGUCUCUAUUUUUUUAACUGCUCUUGCAGUCUUAUUUUCAGGUAAUUAUAGACAAGGUCAUACCCGCAAGUUGGGUUUUUUUAUAUUUGAAGCACCAUGCUUCUUUCUACAAAUAAAACCAGUGUAUUUAAAGGUAGUAUUGAUCAAAUGUUCUUUGCACAUGGUAUUUAAGGCUAAGUAAGCUACCUUGGUUGUCUUUUUGUAGCAGACCAUAUUUUUGCAGACUUAUAUUAUUUGGUGUUUGAAAUGACUGCAGGGCUGUGGUCAACACCAUUGGAUCUUCAAGGACUGGAUGAGCAAUCCAGGGCAUUGUGGCUGCCUGCACACCCAACAGAAACACUCCAGCUCUUUAUUCUGGCAUCACAGCCACUCUAGCUGGCUGAUGGUUUGUUCUCAUCAUUGUGCAUCCCUCUCUCAGAAAAGUAAUUCCUUCUGUGAGCGGGAUGCAUGCUUGGUGUGUGUCCUGUACUGGUGGAAGGCUGUAAGGGUGAGAACUUUGUUGUGGAAGUGUAGGUGAAGGAAAAGAUGGUUGUGUUCAGGCAAUUCUUGACAAGGGGAGAUGGUAGAGAGUAGGAGUGGUUUAGGUGAUGGAAGUUGGGCUGAGGGAUGAGUGAGAAUGGUGGCAAGCUGUCAAUGAAGAUGCACUGAGCUGAAGGAUGUGAGGAUGAGGCUUGCGGAGAUCUGAAAGUGAGGUAGACCUGGAGCAAGGGAAAAGCAAUUUAACUGAGUGUUGUUUUGGCUGUAUUUCCAAAUAGGUUGAAUCCAUCUCAGAUGAAUAGUUAGGCAAAAACUCACUUUAAUAAGCCACAUAGGCUGAUACUCAGUGUAAGUUCUUGCUCAGCGAGGAAUUUUGAGUUUAUGAUGACUGGUGGCAGAAGAUAUUUGCUUUAGCCUUGGUUUGGGCAAGCUUUCCCAAAGCACCACGUGCAUGCUGGUGGACCAACUUGCAGCUCUGUUAUGCACCUGAGACAUUAAGUAUAUUUUCUUUAUUUAAUGUAGGGCCGACAUUCAUGAAUACGAUUGGCAGAAGGAGCUGAUGACAGUUGGGUUCUGUUAGAACCACGACAGCAGUAGUAGUGGCUGCAGUGCCUUGGUGCUCUCUCAGAGCCCCAUCUGCAAGGAGGAGUGCAUGGAACUGAGCUGCGGGAAUCCCUCCUCCCAGCAAGCAGUGCUGCAGUCACACAGCAGUGUUCUCAGCAUGUAUGUGCUGUGCAAGAAGGUCAGGACUGUGCUGUAAGUUCAGCGCGGCAUCCUCUGUGUGUGUGUGUAAGCUGAAAUGAAAAUGCAGAAGAAAGAGCAUGUGACCUAGCACUGAUGUGGGCUCUUGGUUCUCUUUAUCUGCAAGCUAAUUUUACAGAGGUUUUGUGCAAACGAAAUCAUUUUUAUUGAACACUGAAAAGUUGCAUUUGUAAAAGAAUAAGUUUAUUUACCAGAAUGCAUAUGUGUGACUUCUUUUUGUAUUGACAAAUCCUAUGUAUUUUGCAAGGGCAUCAUUUCUUAUCUGACUAAAUGUUUCAGAAACAUUCCUCCUCUUUUAAUUUGAAUCUACAGAGUAAUGUAAAUUUUACAUGUCUGUCUGCAAUGGAUGUUUUUGGUACAACUAUUUUUUGCUGGUUAAUAAUUAGACCAAAGAUUAAAGUGUUCAGCUGCUAUUUUUUUUUUCCAAAAAGUGUUAAUAGGCUCAAAAUGUCCAUUUUAAGGCAUUCUUUUCCUAUUUAAUACCAAAUUACAAUUGCACUUUUGUUGUUUCCAUGAAGUUGGUGUUCUUAUUUUAAUAUUUCACUGUAGUAAUAAACAGCUGUUGUAAUGCA